UUUUCGUUUAGACACGACGACACAGACACACGAGUAAACAAACAAAGGCUUGAAAAUUGAACUUCCUCUACGUGUUGUUUAGCUUCCUUUCACAAAUCUCCCAAAAACGCGAUCGUCUCUUCUUCUUCUUCAAUCCCCUCAAGAAUCUCCAGAUUUUCGCGGAAAAAAAAGAAAGAAAUGGACAACAAUGGAUCUCAAGAAAUGACUGUGCCAGUCGAAGGGGUGGCUGGUGGAGGUACAGCUUAUGGGUUUAAUGAUGCUGAGCCACUUAAACAAUCUACGGAUCCUUCAGAGGUUCCAACUGCUGAUCUGGUGAAUGUUUGGUGUAUGCCAAAUACGGUUAAUGUUGGUUCACAAGAAACACCUAGACCUCUAGAGCCUAUAAACCUUUUGGCGGCUAGGAAUGAGAGAGAAAGUUUUCAGAUCGCCAUGCGUCCCAAAGUUUCUUGGGCUGCCUCUAGCCCUUCAGGGAGUGUUCAGGUUCAGUGCAGUGACUUAUGCUCUUCAGCUGGAGAUAGAUUGAUUGUUGGCCAGUCGCUUAAGUUGCGGCGAGUGGUGCCUGUCCUAGGUGUUCCUGAUGCUCUAGUACCCCUUGAUCUACCUGUUUCUCAACUUAGCUUAUUACCAGGAGAAACAAGUGUGAUUUGGGUCUCAAUAGACGUUCCUAAUGGGCAGCCUCCUGGUCAAUAUGAAGGAGAGAUCAUUGUUUCUGCAAUGAAAAGUGGUGAUGGAGGCUGUUCAGGUCACUUGGGAAAGCAAGAGAAGGAUCAGCUUUGUAUGGAACUUAACAACUGUCUUGAUAUUAUGGAACCAAUAGAGGGGAAACCCAUGGAUGAAGUGGUAGAAAGAAUAAAAUGUGCAAGUUCGUCAUUAAGAAGAAUUCUCAUCUCUCCAUCAUUUUCGGAGUUCAUUUCAACAAAUGGAUCAACCGAUAUGAUGGAAGAAGAUGUUGUUUCAAACCUUUCCCUGCGUAUCAAGCUAAGAUUGACAGUUUGGGAAUUUAUUAUUCCAGUUACUCCAUCACUCCCUGCUGUUAUUGGCGUCUCUGACACUGUAAUCGAGGAUCGUUUUGGUGUUGAACAUGGAAGUGAAGAGUGGUACGAGAAACUGGAUCUCCAUUUUAAGUGGCUUCUUCAGUAUCGGAUCAGUCCAUAUUUUUGCAAAUGGGGUGAAAGCAUGCGUGUCUUGACAUACACCUCACCAUGGCCUGCCGAUCAUCCGAAAUCUGAUGAAUAUUUGUCCGAUCCAAGGCUUGCGGCGUAUGCAGUACCAUAUAGACAAGUUAUAGCUGGGGAUGAUUCAAGGGAAAGUUAUCUGCGCAAAGAAGUUGAGAUAUUGAGGACUAAACCCCAUUGGAACAAAGCUUACUUUUACUUGUGGGAUGAGCCACUAAAUAUGGAGCACUUCGAUAACGUUCGCAAGAUAGCCAGUGAAAUUUAUGCCUAUGCCCCGGAUGCUCGUGUGUUGACUACAUAUUACUGUGGACCGGGUGAUGCGCCUCUUGCUCCAACGCCCUUCGAAUCUUUUGUCAAAGUUCCAAAUCUUCUUCGGCCUCAUACUCAGAUAUACUGCACAAGUGAGUGGGUGCUUGGUAACCGGGAAGAUUUGGUGAAGGAUAUUCUUGAGGAGUUGCAGACAGAGAAGGGUGAGGAAUGGUGGACAUACAUAUGCCUUGGACCUUCGGAUCCUCACCCAAAUUGGCACCUGGGGAUGCGUGGGACACAACAACGUGCAGUAAUGUGGCGCGUGUGGAAAGAAGGUGGAACCGGGUUCUUGUACUGGGGUGCAAACUGCUAUGAAAAGGCCACGGUUCCAAGUGCCGAGGUAAGGUUCAGGCGUGGUCUUCCCCCUGGUGAUGGAGUUCUUUACUACCCCGGUGAAGUAUUCUCAUCUUCGUCAGAGCCCGUUGCUUCACUUAGGCUAGAGCGUCUUCUAAGUGGGUUACAGGAUUAUGAGUACUUGAAGCUGUAUGAGUCAAAAUACGGAAGAGAGGAAGCAAUGGGGCUAUUGGAGAAGACAGGGGUGUAUAUGGGACCAGAGCGAUACACUUUGGAACAUAGACCAAUCGAUGUAUUGCGAGGAGAAGUGUACAACACAUGUAGACCAUCUUGAGUAACGACAUCAUUUUGUAUCUAUAAAAACUCUGUUAGCCGUAAGUUAGUGAUAUAAAAAAAAAAAAAGAAAACAUAUGAAGAAAAAUCUUACGAAGUCUAGAAUUUGUUGUUUUGUUUUAUGAUUAUAUGUUGUGAAAAGGGUUUAUUAGUAUGAUAGAUAAUACAAUACAAUAGUAUAGAUUUGGCUUCUA